UCGAAAAAGACAGCUGGCAUAGUACAUCAUCUGAAAACAGAACAACACAAAUAAGUGUUCACUACAUUGGUCCUAUGCAGUGGCAUGGGUUCUUCAGUGAGCAGAUCAGGGUCAGGGUUGAACUUCUCAGAGAAAUGGCUCCUGAUGGCAGGCACAGGUCUGAUUUGUGGGUUUGUGGGAUACAUAGUGUAUGAUGCAAUUAUGGCGACUGCAUCAGAGUUGGUGCAACGUUUGCUGGUGAUUUCUCCACUCUUGUUGAUCAUCAUUGUUCACUGCCUCUCCACAGGCACUCAGAUAAGCUUCCCCAUGCCAGGAUCUGAGCCCAGCGCCAUCCACAGAGCAGGUGGUUCCCCUUGGGGUGUUGCCUUUCUCCUUCUCUUGCUUUUCUUUCUCAUCUCCUACCAACCAUCCCUUCAUCACCUUAUCUCUUAGCCUCUGCCACUUCUGUAUGUACUUUUCAUUAUGCAUUGCUUCUCACUUCCGUUUGUAUCUGUAUUUCCCAGACUUCCAACGUCUUUGCUUCUUAAAGUUUCCAUCUUUCAUGAAAAUAAAUGUUAUGGUAUGUCACUUA